CCGCGCGCCGCACCGGCAUCUCGUUCCCCCACCCCCCACCCAUGUCGGACGCCUACAAGAAAGCGAAGCCCGGCCGCCUCGUCUUCAAGGGCGGCGAGGCCGCCUCCCUCCACAAGCCGCCGAAGAAGCACAAGAAGAACAAGAAGCCCGCCUCCGACGCCCCCGCCGACGCCGAAGCCGACGCGGAAGGCGCAGCGGCGCCCUCCGCGGAGGGCGCCGCCGAGGGCGGCGGCGACGAGUACACCAUCGACGCGGCGAAGCGGAUGAAGUACGAGGAUCUAUUCCCCGUGGAGUCGAAGAAGUUCGGGUACGACCCCGCCAACGCCGCCAAGGCCUCCCGCAGCCGCACCGUGGAGGAGGCCCUCGACGACCGCGUGCGCAAGAAGGCCGACCGAUACUGCAAGUGAGGUGAUUCACUCAUGCGAGUUGUUCACAGUUCUUAUGGAUGCAGGAGAGUAAUUGUGCUCAUUGUAUCAGAAAGGACAUACAAUUGAUAUAGGGUCCAGAAUUCCUGAUGGCAUGUUGUAAAUCAAGCUAGUUUAGUGAGUAUUUCCUUACUAGCGAACGGAAGGGUGCUCUUGUUCACUCACUCUCACCUGUUUUGGUUAAUUAGAUAAAACACUAUAUGCUUGGUCUCUGUGUUGUUAAAUUUGCAUUUAAUCCAGUUAUAAGCCUGUCAACAGGCUGCAGUGGUGUACUGUAUUCUUUCUUUUGUGCGACUAUUUUUUGUUUUCACCUGCAUUGUCCACAGUUAUGAUGUGAUGGGACACCCUA